AAGCUCCGCGGUAAUCUCGCGAGGUUAGGGAAAUGUGUACUGAACGGAAGCCGCCAUAGGCCAAUUUCAAUCGGCGUGCUCAUUUGAACAAGAGGAACCGCUACGAAGCACGGGAGGAGAGCGGCCCAGUAGUGAUCAUUCAACUUCUAAGUCAACAUUGAUGGAGUGGCAGCCAGAUGAGCAGGGACUCCAGCAAGUCCUCCAGCUGCUCAAAGACUCCCAGUCGCCCAACACAGUCACACAGAGAGCUGUCCAACAAAAACUUGAACAGCUCAACCAAUUCCCCGACUUCAACAACUAUCUCAUCUUUGUGCUCACAAGACUCAAAACUGAAGAUGAGCCGACUCGCUCCCUGAGUGGUCUGAUUCUGAAGAACAAUGUGAAGGCCCACUACCAGAACUUCCCUCCAGCUGUGGCUGACUUCAUCAAGCAGGAAUGCCUCAACAACAUCGGCGAUCCGUCGCCACUCAUCCGUGCCACAAUCGGCAUCCUGAUCACUACCAUCGCCUCCAAAGGAGAGCUCCAAACCUGGCCUGAGCUGCUGCCUCAGCUCUGUAACCUGCUCAACUCAGAGGACUACAACACUUGCGAGGGCUCGUUUGGCGCACUGCAGAAGAUCUGCGAGGACUCGUCGGAGCUGCUGGACAGCGACGCUCUGAAUAGACCCCUCAACAUUAUGAUACCUAAGUUCCUUCAGUUCUUCAAGCAUUGCAGCCCCAAGAUUAGGUCUCAUGCUAUCGCCUGCGUGAACCAGUUCAUCAUCGGCAGAGCUCAGGCCCUGAUGGACAACAUCGACACCUUCAUAGAGAGCCUGUUUGCGCUGGCAGCAGAUGAGGACUCUGAGGUUCGAAAGAAUGUGUGCCGAGCCCUGGUGAUGCUGCUGGAGGUCCGCAUCGACCGCCUCAUCCCCCACAUGCACAGCAUCAUCCAGUACAUGCUGCAGCGGACCCAGGACCCUGAUGAGAACGUGGCUCUGGAGGCCUGUGAGUUCUGGCUGACUCUAGCAGAGCAGCCCAUCUGUAAAGAGAUGCUGUCUGGACACCUGGUGCAACUGAUCCCCAUAUUAGUAAAUGGGAUGAAGUACUCUGAGAUAGACAUCAUACUACUGAAGGGUGACGUGGAGGAGGAUGAGGCGGUACCAGACAGCGAUCAGGACAUCAAGCCCCGUUUCCACAAGUCACGCACCGUCACCUUACAGCACGAAGGAGGCGAAGGAGAGGAGGGCGAGGACAUCGAAGAGGACGACGACGACGAUGACGACACGCUGUCUGACUGGAACCUGCGAAAAUGUUCGGCAGCGGCCCUGGAUGUCCUCGCCAACGUGUUCCGCGAUGAUUUGCUCCCCCACCUCCUGCCGCUCCUGAAGGGCCUGCUCUUCCACCCAGACUGGGUCAUCAAGGAGUCCGGCAUCCUGGUGCUGGGGGCCAUCGCUGAGGGCUGCAUGCAGGGGAUGGUUCCCUACCUGCCGGAGCUCAUCCCUCACCUCAUCCAGUGUCUGUGUGAUAAGAAGGCCCUGGUUCGCUCCAUCGCCUGCUGGACCUUGAGCCGCUAUGCACACUGGGUGGUCUCCCAGCCCCCCGACUCCUACCUCAAACCCCUCAUGACGGAGCUCCUGAAGCGCAUCCUGGACAGCAACAAGAGGGUGCAGGAGGCGGCCUGCAGUGCGUUUGCCACCCUGGAGGAGGAAGCGUGCACAGAGCUGGUGCCCUACCUGAGCUUCAUCCUGGACACGCUGGUCUUUGCCUUUGGGAAGUACCAGCAUAAGAACCUGCUCAUCUUGUAUGAUGCCAUAGGAACUCUGGCAGAUUCAGUGGGCCACCACCUCAAUCAGCCGGAGUACAUUCAGAAGUUGAUGCCCCCUCUUAUUGCCAAGUGGAAUGAGCUGAAGGACGAAGACAAGGAUCUUUUCCCGCUACUUGAAUGUCUGUCGUCGGUAGCCACCGCCCUGCAGAGCGGGUUCCUGCCUUACUGCGAGCCGGUCUAUCAGCGCUGCGUCACGCUAGUCCAGAAGACGCUAGCUCAGGCCAUGAUGUACAACCAGCAUCCAGACCAGUAUGAGGCUCCUGAUAAGGACUUCAUGAUCGUGGCUCUGGAUCUGCUGAGCGGCCUGGCUGAGGGUCUGGGGGGCCACGUGGAGCAGCUGGUGGCUCGAUCUAACAUCAUGACCCUGCUGUUCCAGUGCAUGCAGGACACCAUGCCUGAGGUGAGGCAAAGCUCCUUUGCUCUGCUGGGUGAUCUAACGAAGGCGUGUUUCCUCCACGUGAAGCCCUGCAUCGCCGAGUUCAUGCCGAUCCUCGGGCUCAACCUGAACCCAGAGUUUAUCUCGGUGUGUAACAACGCCACCUGGGCCAUUGGAGAGAUCUCCAUGCAAAUGGGCACAGGUGUCAAGCAGCAGACAGGCAGCUGUCCAGGUGCAGAGAUGCAGCCUUAUGUGGGCAUGGUGCUGCCACACCUGGUGGAGAUCAUCAACAGACCCAACACACCCAAGACCCUGCUGGAAAACACAGCCAUUACGAUCGGCCGACUGGGCUUCGUCUGUCCCCAGGAAGUAGCACCACAGCUGCAGCAUUUUAUCAGACCAUGGUGCACGUCGUUGAGGAAUAUCAGAGAUAACGAGGAGAAGGACUCGGCUUUCCGGGGAAUCUGCGUUAUGAUCGGUGUGAACCCUGCAGGAGUCGUUCAGGACUUUAUUUUCUUCUGUGACGCUGUGGCCUCCUGGGUGAAUCCCAAGGAUGACCUGAGAGACAUGUUUUAUAAGAUCCUGCACGGCUUCAAGGAUCAGGUCGGAGAGGAGAACUGGCAGCAGUUCUCUGAGCAGUUCCCUCCUCUGUUGAAGGAGCGCCUGUCGGCCUGCUAUGGUGUCUAACCCGACGCCCUCCUCGGUCCACGCAGGACGCUGACCUGUUAGGUUGUGAAGGGGAGGGUACCAGGGGAACUCAUUGCACUGCCCAGAUCGUGGGGAGAAACUAGAGCUGGAGGGAUGUGACUGGCCUUGAACCCUCCACUCUGCGGACGGCCUCCUUUCCCCCCGCGCCCUGUUUGUCUCUGUGAGGGAGGGAGGGUGGGAGGAGGGUGGUGGGUGUGGGAGGGUAAACUGGGAAUAUAUACAUAUACCUCUCGGAUUAAACGCCUCACUAAAUCCAACACGCUCAAAAGUGACUUUCGCCAACAGCACCGCAGGGAUCCUAGGUAGGCGAGGGGCAAAAAACGGGGGGCAGAGUUUGACCUCCCCCUCCUCGAUUUGAUUAUUCGAUAGAUGACGGCUGGGAGGGGAGGGGGGUGGCAGAUAGGUACAUAAAAAGGAAUUAUCCGAACCAGCAUAGGGUGCCACAGUCCCAAACACCACCUGUAGUCAGUAGAAUGACUCACCUGUAGGCUUGUGCCAGAGGCUAAACAUAAACUUUUACUCUGUAACUAAAGUGCACAAGAUUUAUUUGCACCUUUUACUGCAUCAUAUACAUGGGUCUUUUUUUUUCAUAUGUACAUUUAGCUGAAUUUACUUUCCUUCCUCUUCCCUUGGUUGCUGAAUUCCUCUCGAGUUUUUUUCCCCCUCAUCAGAGGCAAAACAAACAAAAAAAAAAGAUGCAGUACGUCUUUUCCUUUUCACACCACCGCAGUACCAGAACAUUGCAUGGCAUAUGAUCACCUCUUAGUGACGCAUGUUUGAGUGAAUGUUAUUAAUCGUCGUGGGUUUGGGGAGGCUGCCAUAAAUUUGAAACUGUCAGGUGCUCGGUUGUUUCGUCCUCCCGUUCUUGCGUGUCGUCUAAUCAGUGGCGUUUAAUUGGAGGCAGAUUAAUGCAGGAAUCAGCUCACGUGUGAUUGUUUGGAGACACUGCAGCCAGAGUUCACAUACUGUAGACAGAAUCACAUUUGCUGCUGCUUCUCUUUUUUUGUUGAGUAUUUACAAAAACGGACGUAAUGAGAGCGAUAAGACAUCACCAAGAAUGAAUUGGUUCUUACUGGUAUAAAUGCACUUUUUUUUCUUUUUGUAAGAAAUUUAGAAUUUCUAAUGUUAAGACGUACAGUAAUAAUAUACUGAACUUGAGCUCUAGGUUUUUUGAUAAAUGAUUUUAGGACUGUUAACGGCUUGCUAAAGUAAGCGUAAUGAUAAUGUUAAGCAAUGGUAAAAGUGACUCGGUAAGACUUGAGGCCUCUUAAUGUAGUUUUAUAAUGUAGCUCCUGUAAAAUGGACUGAAUAGGAUUUAAGAAGAGGGAGGCAUCUUCAUGACAGUAUUCUGCUGCACCCGUCGGUCCAUAUCUGUGUCUGAGGACGUCGUUUUCAUCCAACAUUGAGGCUUCUGCUCGUCAUGAACAUUGCAUGCUUUCUGACAGGUCUUUGUUCCUUUUAGACAUUUUUCUAACGGAUCUCUUUGGGGGGAUCCGCCUUAUAAGAGCUUUGUCGAUGGCACUGCACCUCACUGCUGGACUAAUACGGUACUCCUCCAGCUUCUGAUCAAACUAGUGAUUGUUGUUGCCAUAUAUACACCCGUCGAUACUGUGUAGGAAAUGCCUGGGAAUACACCGAGUCCUAAUAGUUCUCCCCUGACACCGGUUAGCGUACGAGAGGGAGCGGUGGUCUUUAUUCAGCUUUAUCUUUUAGUCUUUGUCCGUAGUGGACAGUUGUAUCGGCUGUCUGCCUGUUGGUGUUUUACUAUAAAGGUGUGUCUGCGAGUACUUCUUAGACGACAUUUCGCACCGGCCCUGCUCUAGAGUUAUGUUUGGGAGGAUAUCUGAGUCGUGCAUGUUGAUGUGGCCGCUGAGUAUCAACACUUUACCGCCGGGUAACGGUUUGUCAGGGUGCAAGCAGCUGUUAGGAUGAACACUCACAUCUCAGAAGCAUUAAUAUCUGCUGGUAUCUCUGCUUCAUUUAUUAGAUGGAUUAAGCUUUAAGAGGAGACACUACAGGUGAAUGAGCUUUAACUUCACCAGGUGGUCACACAGUAACACUUCAUUUUUUUGUAAAGCACGUUUCUGGAGCAGAAUGGGGCGUACAUUUAGAUACUGACACUGGAUACAAUCAAAAUUCUGGUUUCGUUUUGUUGAAGUAGUUCUUGCAAAUCCACUUUUGUGAUAUUUUUAAGGAUGAGAUGUUCCAUAAGACUGAUUUAUGAACAAACCCCUCAGUAGAAACCUUCAGAAUAUAGAUGGGGAGGUUUGUUGUGAUUUAUAAUUGACAUCUGCAGAUGCAAAUGCACAAAAUGUACUAAACUACACACCUACAUGUGUGUAUUGGAUGUUUUCUCUGAAAUAAUCUCCCCUUGCAUGGAGGAAAGAGGACAUAUUUUUGCCUGUAGUGUCUCUCUUUUUAAAAAAAAUCAACAAACUAACAUGGAUUUAGUUGGUUGCUGAUGAGAGUUUUUGGAUCUUUAACCACUUUCAUGAGCAGCAACACUCCGGUGUGAUCACGUCUUGUUCAGGUUAGCCGGUGGGGAAGUGUUGAGACAUGAGGCGGCCGCUCAGCGAUCAGACUGAUGUUUGAUGCAGCGACUAGUGAAGCCUUCAAUACGACGUUUAGAAGGAUGGAGCUCUGUGCCACAGACGUGGUAAAAAGAAGUCGAGGCUCCACCAUUUCUCGCCACGUUGGGAUAAAUGAGCUGCAUAUGGAAGGAAAUUUAAAUGCAAAGGUGUCCGUUUUUUGUUAUUUUGUUUAUUUUUUAAUUUUUUUGUUUCAAUGCUCAUGUGAACGUUUUGUUUUUAUUUAUUUCGUUUUAUAUUUUAUUUUUUGUGCUCUUGCGCACAAAUUUUUUUUGGACUUUACAAGUUUUUUUUUCUUUCCUUUUUUAUUCUUUUUAUUUAAAGAACUAUUUGUUUUCGUUGUUUUAUAGCGGACCAUCUGAUUAUGUCAGGUUUGACGUGGUUGGACUGAAGGCGAGUCGGUGCUUGGUGCAAACCGUAGGGAAGAAUGUGGAAAACAAAUUCAUGACUUUGUUUCAAUCUGAUAUCACGGCUGGCAGUUGAAUUUAAUGUAGUACCUUUUUUUUUUUUUUUUGCUGAACCGUUGUGCAGGUGGGAUGUAAUCUGAUGUAUCCCUUUUUAUUUAAUUUUUGUGAAUAGGGGAAAAUAAAAGUUUUUCUAUUAAGCUUGGUGUCAGCUGAAUGUUUUGUUUUCUGUGUGGUCAUCACUAUGUUGGAAACCCGGGAAUACGACUGUAUACCAUCAAUUACAGUAAUAUUUAAUGGAACUUCCUGCACACCUGAUUAAGUACAUUUUGGGCCAAUUAAAGCUUCUGUCUGACUGCAUAGCUGAAUAAAUGUGUUAAAAUCAGAAAACUUUGUUGAACCUUACAAAGAUACCAGUUUUAAUUCUAAUUAUAUAGCCUCAACAUUAUUUUCAGCUUGUCUUUUACAACCAUGAGUACUUUGAACAUUUGGGAGUGGGGAUGCUAAUAAAGAGAGAUAUGACUGUUUGUUUAAAGGCAUUAUUCUGUAAUACUGUCAAAUAGUCAUUGCUGAGAUCACAGCUGCAUGUUUUGACAGGGAUAAUUGGGUCAAUAUAUAUUUGUGGGACUUUCUUGUAUCAUAGUUGACAUUUUUGCUGUUUUCAGGCCUAAAAUCAACAUGGCUGCCUAUAACCAAACACCACAUGGCAUUUUUACAGAAAGAUUCUUCUAAAUAUUAUACAUACAAUUGAGUGAAAUUGAAAGUUUUUUCUGAAGAUAUUGUAGUAAACCUGUUGACUACUUUAUAUUAAAUAACUCAGAAAGCC